AUGGAGCCAUUCUCUUUCGCGAGUUCCGAGGCAGUCCAAUAUCCUGUCAGGGUCCGCAUAAUCAACUUGGAAGGCGACGAAACCCCUUACCUGUUCUCCACGCUCCUCGAGAAAGCAGAGCUUCGCCAUGUCGGGUCCAACACCAGCCCUCACUCGGACCUCUAUGUCACGGUGCAAGUUUGGGCAGGCUCAAAGCCCCUGACAGUUCCUGUCCAGACAGCAUACAAAGCUUUCAGGACAGAACGGAAAUGGAACGAGUGGCUGACGCUGCCGAUAAACUACUCCAACCUGCCAAUCAACUCGUGCCUCGCCGUCACAAUAUGGGACCUCUCCCCCACGGGUGGCAACAACGCCCAGGGGCAUGCGAUUCCCUUUGGCGGCACCACACUCCCCUUGUUUGACAAGGAUAACCAGCUCCACAAGGGACGCCAAAAAUGUCAUGUUCACAGACACAAGCUCGCCGACGGCAAUGACAACACGACUACACCGGCGGUUGAAGGGAAAAAGAAGCCGGGAAGGAAAGGCGAGAUCGUCGUUGUUGAUAAGGACGCUGAAGAGAUGGACCGAAUGGAAAUACUAUUCAAGAAACACGAGAUGGGCGAGAUAGCCAAGGUGGACUGGCUAGACCAACUGGUCUUCCGUGGCUUCGAGAAGCGCAACCUGCAGGUUGCGAAAGCAUCCGUCAAGGACUUGGAGCGGCAGCGUGCGCACAAAAGCGCCGCCAGAGACAGCAAUGGAGAGAACACGCAAGAAACGGACCGAAAUGGAGACACUAGUCCUGGACCCUCCAAGUUCACACUCAACGUGGAGCUCCCCCGUUUCGACUUUCCAGUCGUUUUUGCUGAUCACGAAUACGCCCCACCACCAAUAUCCUCGUUACAACAUCUCUCGGCCUCACAGUCUAACAUUCAGCUCAAACCGCCCCCAGAAGUCAUGUAUGGCCCCGGUAUCGACGGCGUUGGUGUAUCAGAUGGCGUGGGGAGUCGACUCGUCCGCGUAUAUGACCCCGAGGUAGGGCAGAGAGACAAUCCGGCCGAGAGUAAGCACAGGCGGCUCGUCCGAAGCCAGCAUAGGCAUGGGAUACUGGACAAAGACCUCAAGCCGAACGCGAAGACGCGAGACGAGCUCAACAACAUUAUGGAGUACUCUCCGACACAACCCUUGUCUCCUGAGGAGAAGGAUCUCAUAUGGAAAUUCCGGUACCACCUGAACCGUGACAAAAGAGCACUUACCAAAUUUGUCAAAUCCGUCAACUGGCAAGAUCAGAGCGAAGCCAAACAGGCCGUGCAAGUUCUCGGCAGGUGGACCGACAUUGAUGUGGACGAUGCUCUGGAACUCUUGGGACCGACCUUUGACAAUGCCACUGUGCGAGCCUACGCUGUCCGACGAUUGCACAAGGCAGAUGAUGACGAGCUCCUGCUUUACCUUCUUCAGCUCUGCCAGGCCCUCAAAUUCGAGCACAUCUCUCCCGAGUCUGGUCAAGAAGUCACACAGGACUCAUCGUUGGCCCAAUUUCUGAUAUCCCGAGCAGUCAACAACUUCAUACUCGGCAAUUACUUUUACUGGUACCUGAUGGUCGAAUGUGACGACGUUAGCGACGACCAAGCACCUGAAGUCCGGAAGAUGUUCCAGAAGGUGGCCUUCGACUUCAUGACCGAACUCGAAAAGCGUUCGGACGGCAAGGAGACGAGGAAGCUGCUCUUGCGGCAAGCCGAGUGGAUUGCGAUCCUAUCGAGGAUUUCCAUCGAGAUUAAGGAAUCGAAUGAGUCGAUACCUCGAAGAACGGACCGGGUGAAACACUUCUUGGCUGAUCCCAAGAACGAGCUGAUCACCAUUGACCCACCCUUACCAUUGCCGCUUGACCCCUCCGUCAAGAUCGUCGGCGUCGCGCCGCAGGAAACGAUUGUUUUCAAAUCAUCCCUUCACCCUAUCAAAGUGGCUUUCAAGACCACGACAGGGCAGAACUACCCAAUCAUCUUCAAGACGGGAGACGACUUGCGGCAGGAUCAGCUGGUGAUCCAGAUCAUCACGCUCAUGGACCAGCUUCUGCAAAAAGAAAAUUUGGACCUUAAGCUCACCCCCUACAAGAUCCUCGCCACGAGUACGAGCGCGGGUCUGUCCCAGUUUGUCCCCUCGAUGCCGUUUCAAAAUAUCGUGACCAAGUACAAGAACGCCCCCGUGCUCGCCUAUCUGAAGCAGAACAAUCCCGACGACAAGGCGCCGCUCGGCCUGCGCAAAGAAACACUGGACACGUUUGUCAGAUCAUGCGCCGGAUAUUGCGUCAUCACGUAUAUUCUGGGAGUCGGUGACCGACAUCUGGACAACCUCCUCCUCGCCCCUGAUGGGCACUUCUUCCACGCCGAUUUCGGCUUCAUCCUGGGCCGCGACCCCAAGCCCUUCGCGCCAGCCAUGAAGAUCUCCAAGGAGAUGGUCGAAGCCAUGGGGGGCACGAACAGCGAGCAGUACCGCCAGUUUACACAAUACUGCUACCUGGCGUACGCCGCUCUACGGAAGUCGAGCAAUUUGAUUCUCAACUUGUUCAGUCUGAUGGUAGACGCGAACAUCCCAGACAUCAAGCUCGAGCCGGAUAAGGCGGUUGUAAAGGUCAAGGAGAGGCUGCAGCUGGAGCUCAACGAGGAGAAUGCCCUGCGGCAUCUGGCGAGGGUGAUUGACGAUAACUUGUAUGCGUACGCGCCGGUGAUGAUAGAUCGUUUGCAUGCGAUGACGCAGGCAUUCCGAGCCUGA